AUGAAUGGGUACGUCUUUAUGCUUUUUCAACCUAACAUGCCCAACUUAACAUUUGAAUAUUUAUUUCUCUUAAAGUGCGGAAAUGGACUAUUUAAGACAUUUAUUGAGACUCUUUUUAAAGAUUUUCCCGCCCAACAGCAAUAUAAAAAAUUUGAAGAAAGCUAUAGUUGUUAUUAUAGGAACUAUUGUAACGAUUUAAACAUUCCCGAUAACAGUAAAAAAAGAGAACUUGUAGAUCUUUGUAAUAAGAUAGCAUGCAGAUAUGCAAAUUUACCUAAUAUUGUUAGAUCGGAAAGAAAAUAUUCCGAUCGCUGUUCAUAUUUCCUUAAUUGGGCACAAGAUGUAAUUAAAAAACAUUUUAAAGUCGAUUCAGCCAGUAACUAUUACUACCAUUUCAUUUUUAAACUUAUCGAUGUAGCUCGUUAUAUAAGUUGGGAUGAUUUAAGAGCCCCUCCUUGUCCACGUUUAUUUGAUAGUGAUUUCAGUCAUUGGGAAGUUGAAAAAGACAUACAUGAUUAUUUUAAAAACAUAGAAACCUUAAAAAGCAAAAUUGAUACUGAUGCUGUUAAUCGCAAUUCCUACCUAGAAUAUUUAACUUAUAUUAAAGAUUUGUAUGAAAGAAACUACGUCGAAUGUUGCGAUCCGUAUGAUGUUUCAUAUAGUAAUUGUCCCAAUUAUUUUAUAUGUAAUCCAAAUUUCCAUCCGAAUGAAUUGAUAGCUAAAAUAAAGCCCGAUACUGAAAUUAGAAGAGUUAUAGUUGAUGGAGAGAGAGGUAAUCCCCAAUUAUUAUGUACUGUCCAAGCUUUAAGUGCAACUUGGACGUAUAAUCAGAACGUAAACGUGGAGCAAGAAGACUCUCCGAUUUAA